AUGUUGGAUCGUGAGCUUAAAGUCGGAGCGGGGUUGGAAGGAUUUGAUAAUAGGUGGGGAUGGUGGCCUGUGCAUUUACCGAAGGUGCUGGAUCUAGCCGAGUUGGCAUUCAUACGGGAUGUUAUCAAAAAUAAAGAAACAGAUUCUUCUCAAAGUUACGAUGUUACUUCGCAAUCUCACGCAAAGAAGCCGGAAUCAUUGGAUGAUUCAGUCUACGAUGAUGGUGACAACGAAAUUUAUAACAUAAUAAAGAAUGAAAACGUGAAUCAAAAUGUGAAUCAAAACACGAAUCAAAACGAACAAACUUUUAAAAAAGAAACUCCUAGAAAGGAAGUUUCUAAGAAGGUUACAUCACCAUACAAUUACUACAAAACGCUGGAAAAUAUUUCCGAACAAUCGACGAACUGCUCAAGCGGCAAAAAGGAAAAUCAAAGGUACUCGAGUAGCUUCGUCGGAAACAUAACGAAUCAUACGCUGAGCGUCGACAAGGAGUUCAACGAAGUGCUCGGCAAUAAUUCCAAAGUAAAGAAGAUCAGCAGCGUCCACGAGGACGAGGAUAUCACUUUGUGUUGGAUCGAGACGACGACCAUUAAAGAGAACAAGACCGUACAACCGCCGAAGAGACUGGUGAUCCGCGAAUAUACGAUUUCCUUUGAGAAUUCGGCGACUAUACCGGAUAAAUAUCUCGAGUGCAAAAAGCUUGAGGGCGAAUUAACAACGAACGACAAAGAGAUUGGUAAGACGAUUUUAUUCGAGGUUUUGGACGAAGACACCAAAGUCAGCAGGAUCGUCAAUUUUACUUCGGUCAGUCAUGUUGGUGACAUUAUUGUCUGGCAGCACAAAAAGGUAAAAUGUGGAGUUGGUCCGGUAGUCAAGAAAAACAUUGUAGAGUGGAACGACGGUUCGAAGAACCCGAAGAAGAGAGUGGAAAUCAAAGUUAGUCCGAAAAUUAAUAAAUUAACGGCAAACACUGAAGAAGAGCUCUGCACCUCUUCCGAGGAAGCUGAAAAGGGACAUUCCACUACUGAAUCCUGUACGGAAAGCGGCAGCUGUGAAGUGACCACAAAGUCUGAGAAUAUUUCAACCAAAAAUAAGAGCGAAGAGAUCGCCAAAUCAUCAAAAAUCGAAAGAAGCGGUGAAAGCGAGAGCGUAGAAGAUCUGUCUACCGGUAUCACGAAACCUUCGACGUCAUCUAGCGAAGAAGUAUUUAAUAAUACAGUUGAAACAUCUACUGUAAGGAAAGACAUCUCGGACUGUGAAGAGGACUCGUCGGAUCCAAUUUGUACGACGCAAGAGAAUAUCACGCCUUCUUCAUCUUCGGAAGAACGAUCCUCCGAAUCAGGCGCGAAGGAUGUAUUUCGAACUGUUAUUAAGGAAAUAAAGAAAGAGACUCCUGGCAAGAGAAAAGAACCGAGAAUUGCUUCUGAAUUGAGCGAGGAAGAAGUUCCUGAUUUAGUUACUGAAGCGACUACUCCGCUCGCAUCUACGACAGAAAUUUUAGUAAAAUCUUCGGAAGAGCUCGAAUCCCAAUCGAAGGACAAAGGAUCUGUUACAACUCCGGAAAAUAUAGAUAAUAGCACACCAGAAACGAGUACUACGACAAGCGUAACGGAAAAUGAGAAAGAAGAGCUCGCGACGACCGAAGAAGAUAAGGAAUAUACUUCUCUCGAGUUGACGAGCGAAGAAUUAAAUGAGAUAAAUCAAAUUCUGCUUUCAGAUUUAAGUACAAUAACUUCAAGUGAAAUUAGUGCUGAGCAGGUUAUUACGACUACAGCAUCACCGUACGAAUUCACCGAAUUUGUGAAGGAAUCCGAAAAAGUUAACAAGAGUUUAAGCAAGCUAUCUAAAGUUUUAAUCGAAAGGGUAACCACUCCGUCAUUAUCGACAUCUGAAGAAGUAUCUAAGGAAAGCGGACUAAUACCCGAAGAGGUGUCGACAAUUGGACCGAAGAUUACAGAGAAAGGAGCAACUACUUCCACAACAUCAUCUACGGAUGUCAAGUCGACAGCAAGCAACAAGCUUGAUUAUUCGUGUGGGGACUCCGAGGAUUGCUCAUACGUCAGCAGUUCGGAAUCUUGCGAGGAAUCAGAAAAUUGCAACAGUGCGACCACCGAGUCCUGCGAAUCAGGGAUUUGUUCCGAGGAGGAAAUCGAGGAUCGAUCGAAGAGUCAAUCGGUCGUGACAACUGAUUCGUCCGAAGAAUCAGCGACAGUCCAAGUUCAGCACACGACUGUAGCAAGUGUUGCGACGACUAUAUUGCCUGUUCAGGAGACGGAGAACAUUUCAACGAUCGGCAGCGUGGACUCGCAUCGAAGAAGCACGACUAUAAGUACGCCGCGGCACAAAUUGACCUUGAAAGUAAAGGUUCUUCUGGAACAUGUCGACGAGAGAAAGGAGAAGCACAACCUAGUCGAGGUUGAGAAGCAUCUGUCGUUGAACGAGAACUCGGCAGAAAACGAUCAUUCCGACUUUCUGAAAAAAUUGAAAUCCUUGAACGACUCUGUCAACGAGGACACCUUAGGCGCAUUGUUAAAUUGCACCAGCUUAGGCAAUUUGACAAAGAAACCGAUGCAUAUCAGUGUCACGCAAUCGAAUCAUCCUAUCGAUUAUAGUUAUGAGGAAUUGGAAUCUACGAUAUCUCCUUCUGCCUAUGAAGAAUUCAUUCCAGAGCAGUCGACUUCUGGACGCAGCCUUGAAAAUGAGGACUCCCAGUAUCCUGAUUACGCUGAAGAGAACGAGAUAUCUCGAAGACGAAGACGCAGAAGCCUGGAUGAUCAAAAAAUAGGAGAUUUAAGCGGAUUCGAUACUACUAAACAGAAUCUCUCUGAUCAAUCGAUUUCGGCUAAUUCUUUGAACGUUUCAGAAGAUAUUCAUUUGACGAACGAAACUAUACAUCUUUCCACGACGACGAGUAACCCCGAACAGGAGACAAGUGCUGCGUAUAUAGAGAAUGAAAUCAAUAUAACCAAAGAAGGAAAUGACAGCGUAACGUUUUCGACAAUAAAGGACAGCGAUAUUGAUUCUUCAAGUACUUUGGACUAUCAGGAUGUUAAUGCGACAAAAGAGAUCAUACAACUUUCCACGACGACAAACAAUCCUGAAGAGGAAACAAGCAUAGGACGUGCAGAAAACGGAAACGAUACAACUACGGAAACUGUUUUAAGCACAGUAACUUCGAUAAAGGAGAAUGUUGACAACGGGACGGGAUUAGACGUUGUGCGACAGACAUUAUCGGAGAUACGGGAGGACGUUUCAGUCGGAUUGCAGCACGUGAUGUCGGAAUUGAUGCAAAAUAAUCUGACUUCUGUCAAUAGCAUUAAGAAAAUACUCCAAACGAAUGUGCUAAAUGUCAUAGCGAAUCCCAAGGAUGCCAGGAUUCACUCGAGGACAAGACGAGCGGUUGAGGAAGAGGUCGGACACUGGUUGAACGAAAGGAUCACGAAGACGCCGAUGGGCGGCAGUCUUAGAAGUUUCACCGAAUUCACUUUGUACAAAGUUCUGCCUUGAAUAGAUGUUUAGCAAGCUCAAGUUUGAUUUUAAUAUCACAUAAAAGAUAAUUUUGAAAAAAGCUGAAAUCACACACACACACAAACACAGAGAGAGGGAGAGAGAGAGAGAGAGAGAGAGAUUGCAUUGUGUGUGCGUACAUUUCUCAUUAUGCCCUAUUAAUUUGAUCACAUAAAUUUAUAAGAAAGACUUCGUAAUUUAAUUAUAAGUUUGUCUUUCGA